AUGCAAAUGAUGCGACCAUCGGUCCCGGACGACGUCUUUUACGUCAAUCCAGUCCAGGGGGAAAUCGUGUCUCGUUCGAGACUUCUUGAGUUGAAAUGGCCGCCCUUGGAGCGCUUGGAAAAGCUGUUCAUUAGAGGUGUGGAUACUUCUCAAGUUCCACGGAAGAAGAUGCGAAGCAUGGGCCAUGGUAAUCGGGAGGGAGAGGGAGACCCGUUAACCGGCCAGUUUAUCUUGCUAUUAUCUAUAUCUGGUGCACUUGCUGCCCUUGGACCCUCGACGAAUUUAGUUAUCGGGAACAAGGUCAUCUCACCUGACGGUUUCAGUCGCUCUGCUGUCCUUGCAGGUGCUUCUUCUAACAAACUCCAGUUCCCGGGGCCAGCUAUUACUGCCCAAAAGGGAGAUCCUUUUAACAUCAAUGUUGUUGAUCAAUUAACCGAUACGACUAUGUUGACGGGUACAAGUAUCCAUUGGCAUGGAUUUUUUCAACAAGGCAGCAGCUGGGCAGAUGGCCCAGUUGGAGUAAACCAAUGUCCUAUCUCUUCUGGACAUUCGUUCUUGUAUCAGUUUAGGGCUCCGGAUCAGGCGGGGACCUACUGGUAUCACUCUCAUUACGCCGCCCAGUACUGCGACGGCCUGAGAGGUCCAAUGGUUGUAUAUGACCCACAUGAUCCGCAUAAAUCCAGAUACGAUAUUGACGACGAGUCGACUAUAAUUACUCUUUCAGAUUGGUACCAUACGCCAUCGCCUUCAGCUGGACUCAUCCCUAAGGCAGAUUCAGUCUUGAUCAACGGUCUUGGUCGCUUUGCCGGCGGGCCUGCCUCCCCACUGGCGGUUAUUACAGUCGUGCCAAAAAAGCGCUACCGCUUCCGUUUAGUCUCGAUGUCGUGUGAUCCCAACUUUACCUUUAGCAUUGACGGUCAUACCAUGACCGUCAUCGAAGUAGAUGGUGUGAACGUCCAGCCUCUCGUAGUUGAUUCUCUUCAGAUCUUUGCGGGUCAAAGGUACUCCUUUGUGUUGAAUGCUAAUCAACCUAGGGGAAGUUACUGGAUCCGUGCCAACCCAAACCUUGCAGCUGCGAUAGGAUUCGAUGGAGGUAUUAACUCUGCCAUUCUACGCUACGUCGGAACUCCUGCCGUGGAUCCAAACACUACUCUUUCGACUAACAAUCCUUUAUUGGAAACUAAUCUCCAUCCUCUUUCUAAUGGCGGCGUUCCCGGUGUCGCACAGCGCGGAGCCGCUGAUGUUAAUAUUAAUCUCAACAUUCAAUUCAACGGAACAGCUUUCAAUGUGAAUAACGCCACUUUCAAGCCGCCUUCCUUGCCAGUGCUUCUGCAGAUUUUGAGCAAGAAGUAUACGCCACAGGAACUCCUCCCGGAAGGCGACGUAUAUGUCUUGCCUCCUAACAAGGUCAUUGAAGUUUCUUUACCUGGUGGCGCUGCUGGAAGCCCUCACAACUUCCAUGUAAUUCGGAGCGCUGGAAGCACUGUCGAUAACUAUGUCAAUCCGGUUAUACGCGACGUGGUCAGCCUUGGUAGUGCAGGCGACAACGUAACCAUUCGAUUUGUAACAGACAAUGCUGGACCAUGGAUUUUCCACUGUCACAUUGACUGGCAUCUCCAAUUGGGCUUAGCAAUCGUCUUUGCAGAAAACAUUCCGGGUAUUGCUUCAAGCCGUCAUCCACCUUCGUUUGAUCAGCUUUGCCCAAUAUUCGACGAACAGCCACCUCAAGUGUUCAACUGA